AUGAAGUUUAUCAGCACUGCUACAACUGGAGCGUUGGCCUGUAUUUCACUACUGGUACCAACCGCUUAUGGAAACCGAGAAUAUAAAUGUGAAUCUGGCGAUCCCUUAUUGGAAUCACAGGUUUUUGCAAUGGAAACUGAGAGAUUUACGAUACCUAAUAGUCAUGAACACCCGGCUAUUCCCACACUGGAACCACACAAGACAUAUUUUUCCAUGAGAAGUUUGAACCCAUAUGAACCAGGUGUAUCUUCUUACCUAGUACAAGUUUAUGGGGAACCUCCAAAAUACCAAGUAUCUCAAAUGUCUACCGAAGGUUGGAAACUGUGUACUUAA